UUUUUUUUUUUUUUAUCUCAGCCUCCCUCUACUCCAAUGUCUAUUAAGCGUAGUCGAACUGUACUUCACCUUGCCAUUACGGAAAAUACAGCACUACGUGUAAUACUCUAUGUAGCUAAAGAUAAGAUUAACUGGUAUAAUGAUCAUGGUCUACACAAGUUAGUCAUUGAAGCACUUUAUCCUGUUAUUCUUGAAAAUCUUGUCAGAGAUCCCUCUAAAAAGCUAAAAGAAGAGAAUCGUACCAUACAGAGCAAGUAUAACAUACAUGCAUACACACACAUAUAUAUAAACUAUGCAUUCACUCUAUUUUAUAGACGAUGGAUUUCGUAUCCUCUAUCGCUUUACUAUGCGUAAUGUACAACAGACACUCAUCAAGACAGCCAAAGACUUUAGUUUUUCUGAACUGGAUGAUGAAAAGCCUAGUAUUCAUGUAGACUAUAAGCCAUUAUCGAUCUAUCCAUAUCAAUUACUAGUGUCAGUGGAUGACGAACUAAGCAAUGCUGCUACACUUGACUCUUAUUUCACUACUUUGUUAUAAAGAAAAUAGAAUGGGGGGGGUAUAAAGAACCACUCGGUUUAUUCA